AUGCGCACUGGAGAGAAGCUGCAGUGCCGCUGUGCCCAUGCUCCUGCCAGGAGCACUCCUUGCGGCCUGGGCGGGAAACUGAGGCAGCGCGUCCCCCCAGCCCCCACUACGGGCGGCCUCGCCGGAGCCCCGGCGCCCGGGGCCGGUAACCAGGCGCACAUGGCCCGCCCGGCCCUGUUUGUCCUGGCAGGGCGCCGCGGCUAUUUGAGGCGGUUUUUAUCUCCCAGAAACCAGCAAAACCCCAAGCGGAGUCUAGGGAAGAUGAAAGCGGCCGAGGGGCCUGGGAGGCCCCGCUCUUCCGCCACCGCCCCCAACCCGCUAAGGAACCCCUCGGAGCUCCGGGGUCUUCAAAGCGCCUUUGAAGCCGCGCGCCCCGCCACCCGGCGGGAGAUUCCGCACCUGGGCGGGGACCCGAGCGGAGGGGCGGGGCCGGGAACCCGAGGACCGGCAGGCCCACCGGGUCCUGCGCCUCCACCGACCCCGCGGGGUGCACGGAGCGUGCGGGGCGCCGCGAUGCUCCCGGCCCAGGCCCCGAGAAGCAUCCUGGGCACCCUCUAA